AUGGCUCGGGAGCGCGCGGCGGCGGCGGCGCGCGCCGACGGCGGGARCGGGAGCGGGAACGGGAGCGCGCAGCCCGUCCGGCGCUUCCUCUGCUCCUUCCCCGGCUGCGACGCCACCUUCAGCAAGGGUUGGCGGCUGGACGCGCACCUGUGCGGCCACACGGGCGAGAGGCCCUACGUGUGUCCCUACGAGGGCUGCGGGAGAGGCUUCACGCGCGACUUCCACCGCACCCGGCACCUGCUCACGCACACCGGUGAAAAACCCUUCCAGUGCACGGCUGAGGGAUGUCAUCAGAAAUUUGGCACAAAGGCCAACCUGAAGAAGCACGUCGAACGCAAGCACGAGAACCAGCRAAAGCAGUACGUGUGCGACUUUGAAGGCUGUAGCAAGUCUUUUAGGAAACAUCAACAGCUUAAAGUUCAUCAGUGCCAACACACCAAUGAACCUCCCUUCAAAUGCAGUCAUGAGGGAUGUGGAAAACACUUUACUACUCCAAGCAAACUAAAGCAGCAUGAGAAGAUACAUGAAGGCUACACGUGCAAGAAAGAAAACUGCUCAUUUACGGGAAAAACUUGGACAGAAUUUCUAAAACACAAUAAAGAAAGUCAUACAGAGCCCAUAGUUUGUGGCGAGUGUCACAAAACUUUUAAACGCAGAGAUWAUCUCAAGCAGCACCAAAAAAUCCACGCCGUGGAGAGGGAAUUUUGCCGAUGCCCGAGAGAAGGAUGCGGGAGAACCUACACAACUCCCUUCAACCUUCAGAGCCAUAUUCUUUCCUUCCACGAAGAGAAAAGGCCAUUCUCUUGUGAUUACCCAGGUUGUGGAAAAGUGUUUGCAAUGAAGCAGAGCCUAGCAAGGCACACCAUUGUACAUGACCCAGAGAAGAGAAAGCUGAACUUAAAAAAGAAGCGGUCCCGUCCUAAGAGGAGCUUAGCCUCCCRCCUGAGUGGCUACAUUCCUCCUAAAAGACAGCCAGGAGAUACUGCCGUUCCGACAGAAAGCACRACGGUGGAUCAGCCCCUGGAAAACGAAAUACCUGCUGUUGAAAUUCUGACUCUGCAGUAAGGGUUAAUUGAGACAACUUUAUGGAAUGACCAAUGCAGAGCUUGACAAUAACUUUUUUUUUUUAUUAUUAUUAUUGAGAAUUUAAUACUAUUCACACAUAUUCAUUAAAGU